AUGCUGGCUGUCCAGAAUAUGAAAGUUGGAGUCUUCAUUUUGUGGUGGGGAUGGGUUUGGGCCACUGAAAGCAAAGUGCAUGGACGAAGAGAAGUACACGAGAUGUCUAAGAAAGGCAGCGACCCAAAGAGAGCAAGACGCUGGGAUCAUGACCCAAGCCGAAGGCAGGGCUCCCCCAUUUUGAAGCGAAGCCCUGAUAUCACCAAAUCGCCACUGACCAAGUCAGAGCAGCUUCUGAGGAUAGACGACCAUGAUUUCAGCAUGAGGCCUGGCUUUGGAGGUCCGGCCAUUCCUGUGGGUGUGGAUGUGCAGGUGGAGAGCCUGGACAGCAUCUCAGAAGUUGACAUGGACUUCACGAUGACCCUCUACCUGAGACACUACUGGAAGGACGAGAGGCUGUCCUUCCCCAGCACCAACAACCUCAGCAUGACGUUUGACGGCCGGCUAGUGAAGAAGAUCUGGGUCCCAGACAUGUUUUUCGUGCACUCCAAGCGUUCCUUCAUCCACGACACCACCACGGACAACGUCAUGCUGCGGGUGCAGCCCGACGGGACCGUGCUCUACAGCCUGCGGGUUACAGUGACUGCAAUGUGCAACAUGGACUUCAGCCGAUUUCCCCUGGACACACAAACGUGCUCCCUUGAGAUUGAAAGCUAUGCCUACACAGAGGAUGACCUCAUGCUGUACUGGAAAAAGGGCAACGACUCCUUAAAGACUGAUGAGCGGAUCUCGCUCUCCCAGUUCCUCAUUCAAGAAUUCCACACCACCACUAAACUGGCCUUCUACAGCAGUACAGGCUGGUACAACCGUCUGUACAUUAACUUCACGUUGCGACGCCACAUCUUCUUUUUCUUGCUCCAAACUUACUUUCCGGCUACCCUGAUGGUCAUGCUGUCCUGGGUCUCCUUCUGGAUUGACCGCAGAGCUGUGCCAGCCAGAGUCCCUUUAGGUAUCACCACCGUGCUGACCAUGUCCACCAUCAUCACGGGCGUGAACGCCUCCAUGCCCCGCGUCUCCUACAUCAAGGCAGUGGACAUCUACCUGUGGGUCAGCUUCGUGUUCGUGUUCCUGUCGGUGCUGGAGUACGCAGCCGUCAACUACCUGACCACCGUGCAGGAGCGCAAGGAGCGCAAGCUGCGCGAGAAGCUUCCUUGCACCUGUGGAAUACCCCAGCCUCGAGGCGUCAUGCUGGAGGGCAGCUACAGCGACGGGGAGGUUAAUGACCUGGGCAGCUACAUACCCGAGAACGGAGAGAAGCCGGACAAGAUGAUGGUGCAGCUGACCUUGGCCUCGGAGAGGAGCUCCCCGCAGAGGAAAAGCCAGAGGAGCAGCUACGUGAGCAUGAGGAUUGACACCCAUGCCAUUGACAAAUACUCCAGGAUAAUUUUUCCAGCGGCAUAUAUUUUAUUCAAUUUAAUAUACUGGUCUAUUUUCUCAUAA